GUUGAAAAACGUUUCGUUAACUUUAGUCAAUGGUCAUUACAGUGUUGGACUAACAAGACCUUAUUUACCAGGAACCGUUGAAGUAGGAGGUCUUCAUAUAAAGUUGCCAAAGCCAUUAAUCGGAUGUAAUAUUUAUUAUAGAAGUUUUUAAAGUUCAUUGAAUCUGCUGAGCACGGGGUGAUAUACUUCAGUUUUGGUACAAUUGUAAAUCCUACAUUGCUUCCAAAAGAUAAAAUACAAAUGUUUGUUAACGUGUUUCAUAAACUCAAACAAAAAGUUUUAUGGAAAUGGAACACUGAAACACCUUUUAACCUAUCGAAAAAUGUUAUGAUAAGUGAUUGGUUUCCGCAGACAGAUAUUUUAGGCCAUCCAAAUGUAAAAUUGUUUAUCACACAUGGUGGACUACAUAGUUUUGAAGAAGCAUCAUUUAAUGCUAAACCACUCAUUGGUAUACCAUUUUUCGGUGACCAACUUAUGAACAUACGAAUUGUAGAAGAAAAGGGUUUCGGUAAAAUGAUUGAUAUUUUUUCUGUUAACGAAGAAACUUUAUUGUCUUCAAUAAAUGAAGUUAUCGAAAAUCCAAAAUAUAAAGAAAAUUCUAUUCGGCAAAGUCUGUUGUACAAAGAUCAGGAUAUGAAACCUAUAGAACGAGCAUUGUAUUGGGUCAACUAUAUUCUUCGUCAUAAUGAUACAAGUCAUUUGAAAAGUCUUAUUAUAGGGUUGAAUUUAUUUGAAUAUUUUUUAAUUGAUGUUACUAUAGUUUUUUGUAUUUGUAUGGUAACUAUUGCAUUUUUUUUUUUCGAAUUAUUGAAUUUUUUUUUUAAAUUUAAAUGUAAAGUUAAAUCUACAUAAUUUUUUUUAAGUAUUAAACAUUAUGUUCUUAAUAG